CUGCUAACGAAGUUUCGAAUCACUCUCUUUCUCUCUCCAGAAAUGUCAUUCAGACGCCAAUGGCCAUAAACGACGUUGAAACCUGCUUCUGUCUCUACGUUUCAAACGCCUCUCGUAUUGCAUGGCUUGAUCACUGCCUGCAAAACAAUUCCAACAAUGGCCAAAAUCACCUUCCAUCACUUUCUGCUAUUGGAACUGCUUUUGGCGAUCUUCCUUUUUUCCACUUGUGUUCAAGCCAUCACUGAUCCAACUGAUGUUCAAGCACUUCAGGUUUUGUACACAUCUUUGAACAAUGCUGCCCAGUUAACUAACUGGAAAAAUAAUGUUGGUGACCCCUGUGGAGAGUCAUGGAGAGGGAUUACCUGCCAGGGUACUGCUGUUGUUUCCAUUCAACUUCCUGGGCUAGGACUUGAUGGCACAUUGGGAUACUUGUUAGCAGGCUUUGUCUCACUAAAAACAUUGGAUUUUAGUGGAAACAACAUUCAUGACACAAUUCCGUACCAGUUACCGCCAAAUCUUACUAGCGUGAAUUUUGCUAACAACAAUCUAAGUGGAGGUCUUCCUUAUUCCAUUGCUAUGAUGUUUAAUCUGAACUAUGUGAAUCUUAGCCGCAAUGCGCUCGCUCAGAAUAUUGUUGAUGUUUUUACUAAUCUUACUAGCCUUGCAACUUUGGAUCUCUCACAUAACAACUUCACUGGCGAUCUUCCGAAUUCAAUCAGUUCAUUGUCAAACAUUACUACACUUCAUGUGCAGAACAAUCAAUUAACUGGCUCUUUAAGUGCCCUGUCUGGUUUGUCUUUGACUGAUCUAAAUAUAGCAAACAACAAUUUCACUGGAUGGAUACCAAGGGAGCUUCUCUCUCUCCCUACUUUUAUAUACGAUGGAAAUUCAUUUGAGAAUGGUCCUGCUCCUCCUCCACCUCCAUACACUUCACCUCCUCCGGCUAGAUCCAAUAACAAUAGAAGCCGUUCUCCUCCAUCACGUAUACCUACUGACUAUGAUGGGCAGUCAUCAAAUACAAGUAAUCGGAAAAAGUUGAGCGUUGGAGCUAUUAUAGGCAUAAGUGUAGGUUCUGCGUUCUUGGUCCUUCUUGGGCUUCUUGUGCUUGUGUUCUGCUUUCGGAAAGGAAAAAAGAAGAAAAAUGCUCGAAAAACUUCCAUAGGCAGUCGUCCUAUCAGUGUUAAUACAGAAAUUCAAGAGCAGAGGGUAAAACCAACAGCUAGCAUGCUCGACUUGAGGUCCUCACCAGCUGAAGACUCGAUGUUUGAGCUACAAAAAGAUGGGUCUACAAAGAGAGUUAGGUCUCCUAUAACGGCUACCUCAUACACUGUUGCAGCUCUACAAACAGCAACAAACAGUUUUAGUCAAGAAAACAUAAUUGGUGAAGGCUCUUUGGGUCGUGUUUAUAAAGCAGAGUUCCCCAACGGGAAGAUGAUGGCCAUCAAGAAGAUAGAUAAUGCAGCAUUGUCACUACCAGACCAAGAUAAAUUUGUAGAAGCUGUUUCAAAUAUGUCACGUUUGAGACACCCAAACAUAGUUCUGCUAGCAGGAUAUUGUGCAGAGCAUGGGCAACGCCUUCUGGUUUAUGAAUACGUUGCAAAUGGGAGCUUGCAAGAUUUGCUGCACUUAGCCGAUGAUAGGAGCAAAUCCCUGACAUGGAAUGCACGUGUUAGAGUAGCACUUGGCACAGCUCGAGCUCUAGAGUACUUGCAUGAAGUUUGCCUACCUUCUGUCGUACAUAGAAACUUCAAGUCAGCAAACAUUUUACUUGAUGAAGAUCUCAACCCUCAUUUAUCAGACUGUGGUUUAGCCGCCCUUACGCCCAACACAGAGCGAGAGGUAUCAACACAGAUGGUUGGUUCAUUUGGUUAUAGUGCUCCAGAAUUUGCCUUGUCCGGUGUAUAUACUGUAAAAAGUGAUGUUUAUAGCUUCGGAGUGGUGAUGUUGGAGCUCUUGACAGGUCGAAAGCCACUUGACAGUUCAAGAGUGAGAUCAGAGCAAUCACUAGUGAGAUGGGCUAUCCCUCAACUCCAUGAUAUAGAUUUAUUGGCCAAAAUGGUUGAUCCUGCAUUAAAUGGCAUGUAUCCUGCCAAGUCUUUGUCUCGGUUUGCUGACGUCAUCGCCCUUUGUGUUCAGCCUGAACCAGAGUUCCGGCCUCCCAUGUCCGAAGUUGUGCAAGCGCUAGUUCGUCUAAUGCAGAGGGCAAGCAUUGCCAAUAGACGAACCAGUGAGGACUCGGGGUUCAUAUACAGAACCCCGGAUCACGAAGCUUAUGAGACGACAUGUUAACAUCAUCCAAGUUAUCAAGCCGAGCAUCCUCACAGUUUUUCCGUGUAUAUGCAAGGUCAAAGUCAGACCUUCACAAAGAGAUCAGUCAAAGGUAAUACGCGUUACCAAAACCGCACUAUACAUACAUACAUACAUACAUACAUACAUAUCAGUCAGUAACGAAAUUUAUGCUAUACAAGCCACGUGAGGUUAAGCCAUUAUCGUUAAGUUCAAAUUGGCUACAAAAUCCGUGGUCUACCAAUACAAAAUCAAGUUACCAAUUUAAACUUAACGAUAAUUGUUUACUCUCACCCGGAUUGUAGAGCAGAAAAUUCCUUUUCCUAAAUGUAUUAUUUAUGUAUGUAUGUAUGUAUGUAUGUAUGUAUGUAUGUAUUUGUAUAUAUAAUUUAAAUACAUCAAAAGAUGGUUUCUUGAAGUUGAAGUAAAAGUAAAUAUUUAUACAGAUUACAUAUGGUUUGAAAACAAUUGUGAGUUACAAUUUUAGUUGAUUUCUAAAUGUAUAUUCAAAAUAUUUAUGGUACAACAAAAGCUUGUUAU